UUUAGGUUCUGGAUCCAAUGAGGUCACGAGCGCUCCUGCUGCGCGCGCACGUCAGAGACAUGUGACGACCACACGCAACAGCCGCGGCGAACUCCCAAGGCGUCAUCGCUCGCUUUGUUUGAGUUGGAAGCAGCCAAACGGCCACCAUCCUGCCAGGAAAUCAACCAAGACAACUUCAGUGGAUCGGAUGCAAUAAAUAUCGAUGCGGUAGACAUCCAUCACGGGCAAACACCCCAACCUCGCCCCACAGGCUCUGGCUACAUGGAUGACUUCAACUCCGGACUCCUCAUCCACACCGAGGAGCCCAGCACUGCGGGCGCCCCAGGGAGCGAUGACCGCAGCUACCAGACCUCCGAGGCCGGCGACGGGCCCGGCAGCGGCUCCGAGAAGAAACGGAGGAGCCUGCGCGGCCUGCUGAAGGGCGGGGCCAACAUGCAGGACAAGUUGCUGGAGAAGCUGCUCCAGCAGGUCAUCCCGGCCGAGUUUGACGCGCCGGGCGGUAGCGGGCCCGGCGCAGACGUGCCCGACGACGGCUACCUGGAGUCGCGGCCGGGAUUCAACAUCACGACCAUGUCGUACAACUUCCGCCGCUUCAACGCCCGCAUCGGUGUCGUCUUCAAGUUCCAGGGCCGCGCCUCGCGCCUGAUGUCGUGGCGGCGACCGACGCACACCCUCUCGUUCCUGGCCGUGUACACGCUCAUCUGUCUGGACCCGCACCUGCUGGCCGUGCUACCGCCCGCCAUCCUGCUCGUCGCCGUGCUGAUCCCGGGCUUCGUGGCCCGCCACCCGGAGCCGCCCUCGGGGUCCUCGGCCCCGGGCACCGCCGUCGGCCCGGGAACGGCCAUGACGGCGGGGAGCGGCCCCGGAGGCAGCGGCGGGAGCGGCGGCGCCAACCCGGACGAGUCGGCGCACACGCGCAGCUACUACUCGCACGCGCACCACGCGGCCUACUCGCCCAGGGGCCCGCCCGUGGCGCCCGCGCGGACGGUCAAGCCCGUCAAGGAGUUGAGCCGCGACUUCUUCAAGAACAUGCGCGACCUACAGAACUGCAUGGACGACUUCGUGGUGGUGCACGACGCUGUCGUCGACAACGUCGUGCCCGCCACAAACUUCAGCGACGAGGCCCGGUCGUCGGCCCUCUUCGUCGCCUGCUUCUUCGCCGCCGGCGCCAUGUCGGUCGCCGCCCACCUGCUCCCCUGGCGCCUGCUGCUGCUCGUCUCGGGCUGGGCCGCCACCGCCUCGGGCCACCCAACUCUGGCCCGCCGCGCCGCCGCCCUCUACGAGAGCCUCGGCGGCCUCGUCGUCGCGUCGUCCCCCAUGGUAGGCGGCGGCGGCGGCGGCAGCGGCAGCGACGAGGCCCCGCCGCACGCCCAGGCCGCGGCGCUGCUGGACCGCUGGGUCGAGGCCGACAUCAUCCUGGACCAGGCGCCCGAGACGCGCGAGGUGGAGAUCUUUGAGCUGCAGCGCCGCAGCGCCGCCGAGGCGGACGAGUGGGAGCCCUGGACCUUCAGCCCGACCCCCUACGACCCCAUGUCCCCCGCGCGCCUGGCCGGCUCCAGCCCGCCCGGCGGCACGCGCUACUUCGAGGACGUGCUGGCGCCCGGCGGCUGGGAGUGGAGCGAGAAGAAGUGGGCGCUCGACCUCUGGAGCCGCGAGUGGGUCGAGGAGCGCAUCAUCACGGGCGUCGAGGUCGAGACCGAGGGCGAGCGCUGGGUCUACGACAUGUACAACGAGCACGAGGGCCUCACGGGCGUCGUCGAGCAGCCGCAGCUGGCCAAGGGGACGACUGCUGGCGGAGGCGGCUCCGCGUCGCAGAACUCCUCCAACAACGUCAGCUGGGAGGAGGGCUUCGAGGGUGUGGGUAGGCGCGGCGAGUGGAGGCGGAGGCGGUGGGUGCGGCUCGUAAAGCGGACCAAGGUCGUCGCCGCGGCCUAGCCUAGGCUACGGAAGCCCCUGUCAUCAAAAGUCCAAGCAGGCGCUCAGACUCGGGAUUAAUAAACGCAGUGCAUACUCGAUCCCCCCCAUAUCUCUGAUCGUAGGGAUACGCAGUGCGGCCGGCUUGGGCCUGGCUCAUGGUGGGACAUGUACGCAGAGACUCCGAUCCGUGCUUCUGUACCACAGGUCUCGGGUAUACUUGACCACACGACGAGCUGUUGGUGUAAAUCAUCUUUCCAUAGGCUGGCUGCAGGAAACCCUACCCAUAUCCUUACUCUCUGCCCCCCUUCCAUUUCCUGGUGCUUUCCCCGCUCUUCCUCUUCUUUGGCGUCUGGGCUAUUAUUUUGAACACAACCACUCACUGCAUUCACUAGCCAUAGGAUGGCGUGCCACAGAUGCUAUUGUCUCGUCUCGGUGUUUCGCUAGGCUGUUUCCCGAUUUCCCGUCCCAUUUUUCGGCUGGAUACCCCCGUGUCGUACCCCCAACAGAUAUAGUCAAGAAAACAAUGCCAGAUUGCACCCUUCGGGCCCUGAAAUCCAAUUGCAGUAUGUCGUCACAAAUUUCUUGCAACCCCAACCCAUC